AUGUCUGGAAAGAACCAUUCAAUAGUCUCAGAAUUCAUUCUUCUAGGAUUUGGAAACCUUAAUGGAUUUAAUGUUGUAUUCUUUAUAGUCUUCCUAAUCAUCUUUCUAUUCACUAUCACAGGAAAUCUUCUGAUCAUUGUAUUAGUAUCCAUCACCCCAGCCCUUCAGUCCCCUAUGUAUUAUCUCCUAAGUCAUCUGUCGUUUUCAGAUCUUUUAAUUUCAACCAACAUUCUUCCAAACAUGCUUGACAGUCUUCUUUUUGGAGAAGAAAAAAUUACUUUAUUUGGCUGCAUCACACAAUUUUAUUUUUUCAGCGCUACAACUAUUACAGAAUGUCUCCUCCUCGCAGUCAUGUCCUAUGAUCGGUACUUGGCCAUCUGUAACCCUUUGAGAUAUCACAGUAUCAUGGACAUGAUGUUUUGUGUCAAUCUCUCAGCUUGGCCAUGGCUGUUGGGUUUUACCUUGAAUCUUUCAGCUGUUCUGCCUGUAUCAGAUUUUGACUUUUGUGCUGAUAAUAUCAUUGACCAUUUCUACUGUGACCUUUUCCCUCUUCAGAAGCUCUCGUGUUCGGACACCUCUUUGGUUGAACUUGACGUUUUUGCCUUUUCCAUGCCCAUAUUUAUCUUUCCAUGUGGUUUUAUCAUGGUGACGUACAUCUACAUCUUCCAUACUAUCUUCAGCAUGCUGUCCACAACAGGCAAACAGAAAGCAUUUUCAACCUGCAGUUCUCACCUUCUUGUGGUGGGGACAUUUUACGGGACACUGAUAGCUAAAUACAUGAUACCCUCCAAAGGACACUCUUUGCUUAUCAAUAAGUUUGUAUCCUUACUUCACACUGUGUUUACUCCUUUAUUUAACCCUAUUAUAUAUAGUCUGAGGAACCAAGAUAUCAGGACAGCACUUCGAAAACCUUUUUAG